UUUUACCUGCGUGUUUACUUUUCCUGACAUAACGUCACGAUAUUUGGUCAUGUAUGCCAAGCCCGUACUUUGAAGACACUUGUAACAAUGAAAACCUGAGAUCGUUCGCUGGAGACGUAUAGAUAAUUGAACGAUGGAAAUUAUAAUAGUUAUUUGCAUUAUGAAGAGAAACGUAAUAUUACCCAAUUUAAAUGGAAAUAUUCGCGUUGAGUCUAUAAGAAAACUGAUAUAGUUCAAUCAUUUUUUUCUUUAUUGAAAUGAAAUAAAGGACAUGGUAUUAUUAAAUAUAUAGUAUAAAAUCAUAUAUGGCUCUCGUCUGUAAACAAUAUACCUUUGAAAUGUUGAUGUUAACAUUGUCACGAAAGUUCCAGGUUUAACCCGGUAACUCCACUUAGGUGUGAUCACUGCUUUUUAAUAUUUUAAAAUUAGGAACCGUUAUCGAUCAUUCGUGGUGAAUCUUAAUGAUAUACCCUAUUUAAAUAACCACACUGUCAACAGAUAUAUACAAAUAAACCGGUACUACACGUAUUAACGAGUGGUACAUAAUACACACCGAACACAUAGAUGGCUGUAGUUUAAGACGUGGAACUGUUUGGUCUGACGUAGCAGUCAGUAACGAUCAGACAGGCGAGCAUGCCGCGACCAACACACAGAAGCUUGACGAUAAUCUGGCGACAUUCUUUGAGAAUAUGUUCAUUGUCUUUACUGACAUUUGUAGUUACCAUGCUCUACCUACAUAACCGGGACGUCGACCACAUCCACACAACAUCUCGCAUAUCUAAUGUCAAUGACCGUCCUUUAUACGACUGGCAAAGUGAGAGGAGUAAUUCAUCGUCCAAGAACAACUUUCCUGUAGAGGAGGAAUACGAGAAUCAGAAAAAUCGCAUCGCUCAACGUCAAAAUGAAAAUACAGAGGAACAUGGAGAUGGUUUAAAAUCAAGGGGUCGUGUCGAUACAGUUCACGCAAUUCGAAAUCAAUUAGUUGAACAUAAAGAUAUAGCGCAGCAGGGUAACGACAUUGAUCGUCAAAUGGUCCAGCACAAAGAUUUAACUCAGGAGAUCAGCAACAGUGAUCGUCAAAUUGUUGAGCACAAAGAUAUAGCUGGACAAAUUAGCGACAUUGAUCGUCAAAUGGAUCAACGUGAGGAUAUUAUUAAACAGAAUCGUGAUGCUGUUCAAAUCAGACAUUUAAAUGAAGUGAAAAUGAUUGAAAAAACAUUUACACCUCAUGAAUAUCCAUUUAACGUGAACUUGUCUGACAUAUUACGUCAGUAUGAUACAAGAGGCUACGCUGCCGAGAAACCAAUAAAUGUAUUUGAUCACCGCUACAUCAUCCAUCCCGACCAAACAUGCAUUGGAAGCGAUACUAUAAAAGUCUUGUUUAUUGUGAAAAGCAGUCCCGACCAUAACGUGAAAAGGGCAAUCAUUCGCGAGACGUGGGCAGACAGGAAACGAUUUCCGUGGCUAAGGACUGUCUUCUCCUUUGGAAUACCAAAAAAUGGCAAGUCAUUGUUAGAUCUGCAAGAGGAAUCUACAAAAUUCAACGACAUUCUUCUCGUGAACUACUCAGAUGACUAUUAUAACCUAACAUUGAAGACUAUGAGCGGAUUACGGUGGGCGGCAACCAAUUGUGCUCAUGCUUCGUAUGUUGUAUCUAUAGAUGACGACAUUUACGUAGCACCCGAUUUCCUGCUUAGUUUUCUCGACAAACUUCCGGUUCGGACAGCUGAGAACCUUUAUCACGGCCAUUUGAUUCAUGAAACAGCUCCAGUGAGAGACAGAAAUGGUCCUUUUCGUAAAUGGUACGUUUCAAUAAAUGAGUAUCCUUUCCAAACAUAUCCCAACUAUAUAUUCGGAGGAUUUGUCAUCAUGUCGAUGUCGACAGUGAAAACAUUUACAAUAGCUGCCAUGUAUACCAAGCUGUUGAAAUUUGAGGAUGUUUAUUUGGGGAUUUUAGCAGCCAGGGUUGGAAUAGACGCUACAGAUAGCGGACAUGUUAAUGCUAAGAAAACACUAACUGUUUCCGAAUCGUUUAAAACAGCCAUUGCCUCUCAUUUCUACCAGGAUCCAUACGAUCUUAAAAGAGCUUGGGAAUGCCAUUUAAGUUUAAUAAGUCAUAAUACUCCCAAGAGCAUACUCUGUGACAAUAUAGGCACACGUUUGCACCAUCUGAAGUCUGAAAUUGACAGUAUCGUGAACUGGAUGGAAUCUGCUAAGAAAUCAAUAUGAAUGUUUUCUGUAUUUAUAUGAGUGUUUUCUUUAUUACAUGAGUGUUUUCUAUUUUGUAUGACAGCUUUCUUUUUUUAUAUGAGUGUCUUCUUUUUUAGUGAGUGUUUUCUUUUUUAUAUGAGUGCUUUCUUUUAAAGAUGUAUUUCUGAUUGGCAAACAAAUGACAACUAUACGGGUAAGCAUCUAGGAAACAUCACAUUAUCAUGUUUAUUUGUUAUCAUUUGGUUGUAUUUUAAUUCAUUCAUUCAUUGAUACAUAUACUAUAACAAGCCUCAGAUCCUACGUAGUUCAUAUCAACUAGUUUGAUAUCUAAUUAAUUAAUAUAAUAAAGGACUGUCCCAACUGAAGGCUGAAGGCUGAAGCCAGAAGGACAGAGAUCAUUAACCUUCGAAUGGCUUUUUAAUCAGAGGAAGUACACUGUUGGGAAUAAAUAAACUAUGUAUAGUGAUUCAUUAUAAUAUAUAUCUGAUGAUUUUUAUAAGCUUCCUGUACGGACUGUAACUAUAUUAUAUUUCAUUAUUUUAUUAUAUUUCAUGGUAACUGGUUUUUAUUAUAUUUCAUUAUUACAUUUUUGUAUAUUACAUUUUAUUAUUAUAUUUUCACUAAUUCAUAAAUUAAUCAUUUAUUUGAUUAUGUUUGAUUAUGGACUUGUUUGUUUAUUAGGAAUAAACAUUAGGAUAUUGAUUUUUAUACACGAGCUUCUCUGUGCUACUCUUGUGAUUUGAAUAUAUCCCGUUUUAACGUAACUCGUGACGUCAUGUUUGCAUUCACGAAUCAACGAAAAUGUAUUGACGUCAUACUACAUGGUGAGUUGAGACUGAAAAAAACAACAAAAAUUAUUGUAAAAUAAACCGUCUUAGACUA